UGUGUGUGCUCGGGGCAGAGCCGGGAGGGGCCGGUGACAAGGCGGAGGUCGGGGGGACACGCCGCCCUCCCCGGCAGCAGGAGGGGCUGCUCCGGCUGCGGGACCCCCGGCUCGCCCCUCCCCAUCCUCGGCAGCCGAGGGCAGCUCCUUUUUGUGCGGGGAAGAGAAAACACCCCCCCCCCCCAUCCAGGGAGCGGUGCGUGCCCCGCAGCCGCCAGCCCGUGCGGGGCCGCCCGCAGAGGGAGCGGAGGCUUCACCGCAAAGGGUUAAGGCAGGGCUGCAGGGUGCUCCAGGCUGGAGUCCUGUGUGCGCCUCUGAGAUGCACCAGCCAAUCCCGGAGACAGCAGCGUGAACUAGAUGUGGCAUGCUGUAAGAAGGGAGGUGAGGAAAAUAGGGUGUAAACUGUCACCGCGCACCGCGAGGCGGACCUGCUUCUUGGGCUGCGAUUUCUUGGAGACUUAGAGAGCAUCAUGCAUUUAAAAAGGUGUUGAGGGAAAGCUAAGAGAAUGAAGGCUCUAAAUCCCCAGUGGAAGCAUGAUAUGGCGAUGCAGUGCUGGUGCUGAAUUGUUCUCUCUGAUGGCUCUAUGGGAGUGGAUAGCACUGAGUCUUCAUUGCUGGGUUUUAGCAGUUGCUGCUGUCUCGGAUCAGCAUGCCACAAGCCCCUUCGACUGGCUCCUCUCUGAUAAGGGACCCUUCCAUCGCUCACAGGAAUACACUGAUUUUGUGGACAGAAGCCGACAGGGAUUUAGCACAAGAUACAAGAUUUACAGAGAGUUUGGCCGCUGGAAAGUAAACAAUCUUGCUGUGGAGAGAAGAAAUUUCCUUGGCUCCCCACUGCCACUCGCCCCCGAGUUCUUCCGCAACAUAAGGCUGCUGGGACGGCGCCCGACCCUUCAACAGAUCACAGAAAACCUGAUCAAGAAAUAUGGGACACAUUUCCUGCUCUCAGCUACCCUGGGAGGAGAGGAGUCACUCACAAUUUUUGUGGACAAACGGAAGCUGAGCAAGAGGUCAGAAGGGAGCGACCCCAGCGCCAACAGCUCUGUGGUGACCCUGGAGACCCUGCACCAGCUGGCAGCCUCCUACUUCAUCGACAGGGACAGCACCCUGCGCCGGCUGCACCACAUCCAGAUCGCCUCCACCGCCAUCAAGGUGACAGAGACACGGACGGGUCCCCUCGGCUGCAGUAACUAUGACAACCUAGAUUCUGUCAGCUCUGUUCUGGUUCAGAGUCCUGAAAAUAAGAUUCAGUUGCAAGGUCUUCAGGUCAUCCUUCCUGAGUACCUGCAAGAGCACUUUGUGCAGGCAGCUCUGAGCUACAUUGCCUGCAAUUCGGAGGGGGAGUUCAUCUGCAAGGACAAUGACUGCUGGUGUCAGUGUGGCCCCAAAUUCCCCGAGUGCAACUGUCCCUACAUGGACAUUCAAGCCAUGGAAGAGAACCUGCUCCGCAUAAGUGAGACUUGGAAUGCAUACAACAGUGAAUUUGAAGAAUCUGACGAAUUCAAAUUAUUUAUGAAGAGGCUGCCUAUGAAUUAUUUCCUUAACACAUCUGCUGUGAUGCAUUUGUGGACAAUGGAUUCUAAUUUCCAACGCCGCUACGAGCAGCUGGAGAGCAGCAUGAAGCAACUCUUCCUCAAGGCCCAGAGAACGGUGCACAAACUCUUCAGCCUCAGCAAGAGGUGCCACAAACAACCCCUCAUCCGCAUGCCAAGGCAGAGGUCUUCCAACUACUGGCUGAACCGCAUCCAGUCGUUCCUGUACUGCAACGAGAACGGGCUCCUGGGGAGCUUUUCCGAGGAGACCCACACGUGCACGUGCCCCAACGACCAGGUGGCGUGCCACGGCUCGCUGCCCUGCACGCUGGGCGAUGGCCCCGCCUGCCUGAGCUGCGCGCCCGACAACCGCACGCGCUGCGGGAGCUGCAACGCCGGCUACAUGCUGAGCCAGGGCCUCUGCAAGCCCGAGGUGGCCGACUCCACCGAGCACUACAUCGGCUUCGAGACGGACCUGCAGGACCUGGAGAUGAAGUAUUUGCUGCAGAAGACGGACCGGCGGAUCGAGGUGCACGCCAUUUUCAUCAGCAACGACAUGCGCCUCAACAGCUGGUUCGACCCCUCGUGGCGCAAGAGGAUGCUCCUGACUCUCAAGAGCAACAAGUACAAGUCCAGCCUGGUCCAUAUGAUACUGGGCCUCUCUCUGCAAAUUUGCCUGACUAAGAACAGCACCUUAGAGCCCGUCCUUGCUGUUUAUAUCAACCCUUUUGGGGGCAGCCACUCUGAGAGCUGGUUUAUGCCUGUGAAUGAAAAUAAUUUCCCAGACUGGGAGCGGACUAAGCUGGACUUACCCCUUCAGUGCUAUAACUGGACGCUGACUCUGGGCAACAAGUGGAAGACAUUUUUUGAAACUGUGCACAUCUAUUUGAGGAGUCGAAUAAAGUCGAACGGUCCAAAUGGCAACGAGAGCAUCUACUACGAACCCCUGGAAUUUAUUGAUCCCUCAAGAAAUCUGGGCUACAUGAAAAUCAACAACAUCCAAGUGUUUGGCUACAGCAUGCACUUCGACCCGGAAGCAAUCCGAGACUUGAUUUUGCAGCUGGACUACCCCUACACUCAGGGCUCACAGGACUCAGCACUUUUGCAGCUGUUGGAGAUUCGGGACCGUGUAAAUAAACUCUCUCCACCCGGCCAACGUCGUCUGGACCUCUUCUCUUGCUUGCUCCGUCAUAGACUCAAACUGUCUACCAGUGAAGUGGUGAGGAUCCAAUCUGCUUUGCAGGCCUUUAAUGCCAAAUUGCCAAACACAGUGGAUUAUGACACAACCAAAUUAUGUAGUUAACCAUAAAUGUGAAGCACAACACGAAACUUUGAAGGAGUUUUUACAGUGCUUUUGUGGAACAGUUUAUGUUUGGAAGAGUAAAUUUAAAUUGUCUUUUCAAUAUCUGUCUUAUAUCAGUCAAUACUGUUGGAUGGCAAUUUACACACAUGAACUUGCUGACAAUGAAUAUAUUAUACCUGCAGUUUUGGUUUAUGAAUGAAAUAAAUACUGACACCAGUCUAGAAGACAUUCUACUUUUUACAAUAAAUUUCAUUUGUAAUUUUAUAUGUUCCGUGGCAAUGCUUUUGUGCAUUACAUCCUCUAGAGGGAACAUAGAAGGAGACCAAUAAAAUUUUGUAGCUGAACAGUUAUUACAAAGAAA